UUGGAUUAUAGUGAAUCCUUAACACCCAGCGAUCUUAAUAAAUUAGAAUAUUUGGAUAUGUUUAUUAAAGAAUGCCUAAGGUUCUAUACCAUAGUACCUUUAACCGGAAGACAAACUACCCAGCCCACUAAAAUCGGUCAACGUACUUAUGCUGCUGGCAUUACUUUAUGGAUUAAUAUGUACGGUUUGGCUCAUGAUGAAAGCCUUUUCGAGGACCCUUGGUCCUUUAAACCCUCACGUUUUACUAAGAAAUCCUAUGAAAAAGUUCCCAAAUUUAGUUAUAUUCCUUUUUCAGCGGGCCCCCAUAUAUGCAUUGGACGCAAAUACGCCUUUUUGAUAAUGAAAAUUUUGACCGUAAAAAUUUUACAGAAGUUACAAGUUUCUCUCAGAGAUCCUGACGAGGAAUUGGUGUUAAUGGCACAAAUGGUUUUAAAGGCCAAAAAUGGCAUAAAUUUGGUUUUUAAUGAAAGAUUGUGAGACAGAUUUUUAAGAAAAUAAAGAAAAAUUUUGAAAAC